CAGGCCAAGCGAUACUCCUCGGGCGACUGGAUCCACAUCCUCUUCACCUGGCCGCGUUCCACUGUCCUCCACAGGAUCAGAUCUCCAGUACUGGUGACCACCUGCUGGACGUUUCUCCUUGCCCUGCUGGACCUCUGGUCGGACAAGGUAGCCAAAGUCAGGAUCCUGAAGAACUUUAGCAAGAGUCCUCACUCCAUCGUGGGAUCCGCAAUGUCCCUGCUCCUCGUCUUCCGCACUAACGCGGCCUACACGAGAUUCUGGGAGGGAAGAUGCUUGUGGGAGACGCUGACGAACAAGGCGAGGGACCUCACGAGAAUGCUGGUGGCAUACAGGCCCGUCAUAGGAGAGAAGACGUGUGAGAGGAUGGCGGACCUGAUCUGUACCUUUCCUGUCGCCCUCAAGCAUCACCUUGAGGGUUUCAUGGGGCCUGACCAGGAGGAAGAGCUCGCACGCCUUCUCAACCCCCUCGAUCGGCCUGGUGUGCUGCAAGCGGUCAACCGGCCCCUCUACAUCGUGCAGGCCAUGUCGUCCGUCAUCACCAACGACGUCCCUUACCAGUCUGACCGCUGGACCUCGAGGGAACGCCUGGCAGUGCUCGGCAUGAUUAACGAGCUCGGCAAGUGCGUCGGAGGCUGCGAGCGGAUCGUCCAGACGCCAAUCCCGUUGCACUACGCGAGGCACACGGGCAGGUUCAUGGGACUCUUCUGCCUCACCCUCCCUCUGGUCUUCAUCGGGGAAAUGGGCCUCCUUGCCGUCCCUGCCGUCGCCUGUGUAGUCUGGUGCCUCUACGGAGUUCAGCAGGAGAUCGGUCUGCUCAUCGAGAACCCCUUCUCUCGCUCCACCGAGGUGAUGCCCUUGCUGCUGCCCAGCUCAAGUUGA